AUGAACUAUUAAUCGUAAAAAUUGGAUAGAGAAAAAUGUGGAAAGGAUUCUAGAAUUCUAAGUAUCUUAGAAACUGGUGGUAAGAUAUUAAAAUGUUAUAUAGAAUCCAUAUUACUUUCUACUUGCUUAUGGAAAUUUAGUCACAUUAAUAAGUAAUAAGAAAGAAUAUUGUUAAUAACAAACAAGAACAUAUACAAUAUAACACCAUAAAGCACACUUGUAAAUUUUUUUUCAAAAGUUGUUUCAAGUGUUAGAGUGAAAAGGUAAUGAUUGAAAUAACAAUACUUUAGAAAAAUUGCAAUAUAAAAUAUAGUUGGUAUCACUAUUAGUAAAUGUGGAUUUGAAUUUGUUAUUCAUGUGCCAGAUGAAUAUGAUUAUAGAUAUUCAUCAUUAGAUUUGUAUGAAAUUAAAUAUCUAGAUUAGUCGAGAAAAAAUAUUGUCAACACUUUCUGAUUCUUAUUAAAGACUUGUAAAAAAGUAUUUGGCAAUUUAUCUUACAGAUGAUUUAACAUUGAUACCAUAUACUACAACAAAAGUUGAUGCUAAAAAAGGUAUAUGUAGAAUGCAUGGACAUCCUAUUAAUAUAGAUCCAUAAACUCUAGCAAAUUAUGAUUUUUCAACAAUGAAAGCAUCUGAAGAUAAUUAAAAGUAAUCAAUUAGAAAAAACUAUGAUUACACUCAAUAAUAUAAACUCCUUAAAUAUUUGUAUUAAGGAAUGUUAGGAUAAGUUAUACUUGUUUAAAAUAUAAAGACAGAAAAAUAUUAUAUCUUUAAAUUAAUGUAAAAAUAGGAUGUUAUAACUACAGAUCAUUUAAAUCAUGCUUAAAAUGAAAGAAAACUAUUAGAAAUAUUUGAUCAUCCUUUUAUAAUAAAAUUAGUAUAAGCAUUUGAAACAGAUGAUUAAUUAAUUUUUGUAUUGCCUUUUUAUUAAGGAGGUGAUCUUUACACUCAUUUAAAAAAAGAAACUAGAUUAAAAGAAGAAAGAGUUAAAUUCAUAGUUGCCUAAUUAAUCUUGGCUUUAGGUUAUAUGCAUGAUAGAGAUUAUGUGUAUCGUGAUUUAAAACCUGAAAAUAUUCUCAUUGAUUCUAUGGGGUAUAUUGCUUUAACUGAUUUGGGAUUGUGCAAAUAACUGCCUAACAAUCAUUUAUCUUAUAGUUUUACUGGAUCUGUUGAAUAUAUAGCUCCUGAAAUGAUUACUGCUGUUGGUUAUAAUAGAAUGAUAGAUUGGUGGAUGUUAGGAAUAUUAGUAUAUGAAUUGAUAUUUGGUAUUACACCCUUUUAUUGUGAUAAUUAAAGUUAAGUAUUUGAGUCUAUUUAAGAAAGAGAAGUGAGAUUCUCAACUAAUAUUGCUAUCUCUAUUGAGUGUAAAGACUUUAUAACAAAUCUUUUAAGAAAAGAUCCAAAAGAAAGAUUGGGAUAUAAAAGAGACUUCUUAGAUUUAUAGGCAAAUUAAUGGUUAAAAGAUGUUAAUUUUGGAGAAAUAAUGAGAAAAACAAAUUAAACUUGGAAAUUAAAUUUGAAUGAUCCUUUAGAUCUAAAAUUUUUUGAACCUGAAGAUUUAACUUUAGGUAUAUAAUUAUUUGUAUUAAAGAAUCUUUGAAUUCUUAAUAACAAGAUAAAGCACUUAUACAAAAAUUUAAUUAAGAAUUCUAAAAUAUUGAAUUUAAUCUGUGA